AUACUCCAGAUCCAUUCUCUAUACCUUAUUGAUAAACUGAUUGUAUUAUUUUACUAUAAAUUGUUUUUUGCUUGUUGUGUUUCAGGUUCCGCCUUCAGAAUAGUUCUGUUUGGGAAAAGUGAAGAGAUGAAGACUAAACUGGGGAACUUUCUCCUUGGUAAAGGCCCAGAGCAUUUCCAUAAGACGUCUUCUCCUAAAUGUGCAGCUGCUAAUGGAGAGUGGAGAGGAUAUUCACUGACGGUGGUUAAAACUCCAAACUUCUUCCACAUGUCUGAGAGAAAAAUCAAAGCAGAAAUGAAGGAGUGUGUGAGACUCUGUGAUCCUGGACCAAACGUCCUUCUGCUGCUGGUCAAACCUUCAUUGUUCUCACAGAGGAAGAGGCAAAGCCUCAGAGCUAUCCUCAGUUUGCUCGGACCGGACGCUCUGCAGCACUCGCUGGUGGUUAAGACCCACGAACAGAUCGAAUCUGGGCCAGUCAAGCAGCUCAUCAGAGACUGUGAUGAACGGCAGUACAGCAUGCAUGAAGACGACCAGAGGGCAUUAAUGAGGAAGGUGAAGGCCACUGUGCACCUCAACAAGGGAGUCUACCUCACCUUCGCUGGAGAGAACAUGGAUCCAGAACCUGGACCUCACAGGAGAACCUUAAACCUGGUUCUGUGUGGGACAAGGGACGCUGAGAAAACCUCACUCGCGAAGGCCAUUUUGGGCCAGACAGAGCUUCACUCGGUCUCCAACCCUUCAGACAUCAUCAUGAACCAAGGAGAGGUGUGUGGCCGUUGGGUUUCCAUUCUGGAGAUGCCUUCACUGUACAGAAAAGCUCAGCAGGAAGUGAUGGAGGAAUCCUUCAGGUGUGUCUCCCUCUGUGACCCUGAGGGUGUCCACGCCUUCAUCCUGGUCCUUCCUGUGGGUCCCCUCACUGAUGAAGACAAGGGAGAGUUACACACCAUGCAGGACACAUUCAGCUCCAGAGUCAAUGACUUCACCAUCAUCCUGUUUGCUGUGGAGUCGGAUCCUGCAGCUCCAGCUGUCACCAACUUCAUCAGGGAAAACAGAGGCGUCCAGGAUCUCUGCUGGAGCUGCAGAGGAAGAUAUAUGGUUCUGAACGUCAAGGACAGGCAGCAGAUCCCAGAGCUGCUGCGUGUCGUAGAAAAAAAUAUUAUGUCUGAAGAUGAGCAACACGGAUACACAGCCAAAAUACACGCCAACGCUCAAGCAGAAAAAAUCUGGGAAAAAGAUAAAAACAUUGUUCAUCUGGAGGAAGAAGUUCAGAACCUCAAGAGGAGAGCCAACAUCAGCAGAGCCGAUGAACCGCCGACCCCAAACACUCUUAGGAUCGUCCUGAUCGGUAAGACCGGCUGUGGGAAGAGCUCCUCCGGAAACACCAUCCUGGGAAGAGAGGAAUUCAAAGCUCAAGCUCUCCAGAAGUCUGUCACCAAGUACUGCCAGAAAGCGCAGAGCGAAGUGGCCGGCCGCUCAGUCACUGUGGUCGACACUCCUGGACUGUUUGACACAAGCCUGUCCAACGAGGAGGUCAACGAGGAGAUGACCAAAUGCAUCAGCCUCCUGGCUCCAGGGCCACACGUCUUCCUUCUGGUGCUGCAGAUCAGCAGGUUCACUGCAGAGGAGAAGGACACAUUAAAACUGGUCAAGAGGGUCUUUGGAAAGACUUCUGAGAAGUUCACCAUCAUCCUGUUCACUAAGGGAGACUCAUUAGAACAUCAUUCAAUAUCUGUAGAGGAAUACAUCGAGAAAGGAGACGAUCACGUCAAGAACCUGAUCGAAGACUGUGGAGGACGGUUCCACGUCUUCAACAACUACGACAAGGAAGGCAAAGCACAGCAGGUCUCUGGGCUGCUGGAAAAGAUCGAGCAGAUGGUGAAGAAGAACGGCGGCGGCUGCUUCACCAAUGAGAUGCUGAGGGAAGCCGAGGCGGCAAUCCAGAAAGAGGUGGAGAAAAUCCUGGAACAGAAAGACGAGGAGAUGCAAAAAGAGCUGCAAAAGAUUGAGAAACAACGAGACAAAGAAAUGAAAGAGCUGCAAGACAGGAUGGAGGAACAAAAGGCAGCGCUGGCAAGUCAGACAGAAGAAACUUUAAAACAACUGGAACAAGCGAGAGUUAAAAUUAGCAGCGAGACAGAGAGGAUAAGGAAAGAGAAGGAAAAGAGGGAAGAAGAAGACAUGAAGAAGAAGAGAGAGGACGAGAAGAAAAACCAGGAGUCUGAAGAAAAACUGAAGGAUUUGCAGGAAAAACUGGAUUCUACAGCAGAUCUGGAGAAGAAGAGUUUACUGGGACAACUCAAGGAAAGUAAGAGGAAAGAGCAAGAGAACAGGAAGAAGGAGCUGAAGGAAUACUGGGAACGUCGAAGGAGAGAGAAUGAGAGCAGACGGAAAAAGGCUGAAAUAAAACUGAAACAGCUGCAGAUGUAUUACGAUCAGACCAAAAAGACGUCUGAACAACAGACUGAACAGGAGGACAAAAAACUGGGAGAGUUGGACGAAAAGUACGAGAAGAAAGCCGCCGACAUCAAGAAGAAGUUCCAAGAGGAGGCGAGAGAGCAAGCAGAAGAGCACAACAACUUCAGGGAGAAAUACACGGAAAACUUCGCUGGUCUGAUGGAGGAACACCGGGAGGAGAUCCAGAACCUGGAGUGGAAACAUCGGGUGGACAUCCAGGAGAAAGAGGAGAAACGGCAGAGAGAGUACAAGCUGCUGGACAACCUGCUGGUCCACAAAGAGGAACGACUGAAAGAAGAGCUGGAGCACAAAGACAAGCAGCUGAGAGAAAUGGAAGAGCUAAAGAACGCCCAGGAGAGAGAGCUGAAGACGAUGAAGGACAAAUACAAGAACAGAUGCCUGAUCGCCUGAGAGCUUCUGGUCCAGGAACUGGAGCCACGUCAUCGACCGGCCUGUGGAUUCACAGCAACUACAACGACUGGAGGAUGACGUCGCCGACGGAGACGCACCAACUGGACCAGAACCAGUCCAGACAUCAACCAACUGGAGGAAGACCUGACGAUGAAGGAGCUUCUCUUCCAGCAGCAACGCCGCUUAGACUCUACAAACUCUGAGGAUGUUAAAUUCUUCUUCUUCUUCAUGUCUUCCUCAGCACGACUCUGAUUUAUUUUGGUCUCUUAGCAACCAGCACAGCAGAGCCUGGCGCAAUCUGGAGGUGUGCGCUCUCGUGCGAGUUUUCAGUAAAAUCCUUCCUGAUGGACUCCAAACCGAUCUGGACGUUUAAGUUUCUUUGUUUUUGGUCAAAUGUAUUUUCUAACUCAUCAUGAAGAAUAAACAUCAGGUUGUAAACCAGAAGAACCAGAAACACUGUAAAAAAUAACUCCAGCUACUGGUUAACACAUGUCUGCUCUUCAUUUAGUGACGUUACUAGAUGAGGAUCCAAAACGUUACCGAAGGGAGAGUCGUGAUAAAUCUUCAUAAUAUUAAAUGAAAAAAUGACACUUUAUCAUAUUCACUCCUAAAUGGAAACAGUUUUUCCAAAAGGUAACUUUAGUAAAAGUAACUGAGUGAAGAUAACUAGUUACUACCAGCUGGUGAUGGUUUCACCAGGAAACUGUUUCCACUAAGAGAAGCUGAAGGACGACAGCAGGAUCGUUUCAUAACUUCCUCCUGAAGCUGCAGCAGUUUAAACAUGAAUGUUUGUUUCUGCAGAAACUUAUUGAUGCAUUUUUCUGAUUCUUCAGCCUGUAAAUCAGUCGAGUCCAGAUCUGAGCUCUGGACGUGCAGCUGACCAGUCUGACCAGUUUCAUCUGUUAUUUAACAAACCAGCAGCUCUGAUCAGCGAUCAGCUGCAUGGAGACCAUGACUGAGUGAAAUCAAUAUCUGAGGAGAUUAUUUAGUUUAUUUGGAAGGAAAAUCUGAAGAAUAUGCAGAAUGACUCACUAACAGGCUGAUUAUUGAUUUUAUAUGGAAUCACUAUCUAAUAUUAAAUAGUUAAAUAUGUUUUGUGCCAAAUUAGACGUCUGUAAAUCAUGAUGAUGUCACCUCAUGUUUGAUGGGAUACAUGUUCUGAAAAGGUUGAUGUCCAUCUGGAUAUGACUGGCCUAGUUAAAGACUUCUUCCAUAUUGUGAUUAAAAUAAAAUCAGCAUCAAUUCAGCUCUGAAAACCCAGAUUCUGUUGACCCAACAGAACCAACAGAUCCGGACUCUUUGAUAAAACAUUCUCUAGUUCCUCAGACCUGAUGGUGGAAACAAUGAGACGGAGUCACUGCUGGACAUGAAGGACAUAAUGGACGCUGGAGUUAUUACUGGACAUAAUGGACGCUGGAGUUAUUACUGGACAUAAUGGACGCUGGAGUUAUUAUUGGACAUAAUGGACGCUGCAGUUACUGUUGGACACA